AUGCUGAAACAAAUUAUUCUUGCUCUUCUUUUCAUAGGUGUUGCUGUCAAUGCUAAAGUUAGUCGAGAACAAAUUGCUGAUGCUCAUAAAGAAUUAGCAGCAGUUGUUCAAGCUGACAAUAAAUGCACAACACCAGCGGAUUGCACCACCGAACCUACUGGAUCCCGAGCAUGUGGCGGUCCAAAUGGUUAUAUUGUAUAUUCGGUUAAGAGUUCUAAUGCAGAGAAUAUUCGUUUAUUAGCACAAAAGACAGUUAAACUUGAACGGCUAUAUAAUUCAGACAAUUCAGUCAUGUCUAUUUGUUCAAUGGUUAUGCCACCAACAGUAGUAUGUGAUCAGGCUAAAAAAUGUGCCGCUGGAUCAACAUCUUCACCAUUCAUAUCAGGUCCCUUAUAA